AUGGCACAAUCGGUCGGCUCCUUCUUCCAGUCGUUCUGGCACACAAUGACCUCGAACGACCGCCAUGCCUCGCACGACUCCCCGUACCGGACAGGGCGCCACAUCCCUCUCCCGCAGAGCCGUCACGGCGCCCUCACAUCGAUUGCUACCAGCGGCGUCGACUCGCGCGUCGACCUGUCUUCCCCAUACGCACACGACGACAUUGCAACCAGCAAUGGCUUCAUCGGCUCGCCCAAGGGGCCCAUGUCGCCGAGCUCGCCCUAUUCUCCAGGGAUGCGCGGGUCGCUGAGCCGCCAAGCAACGGGCGACGCAGACACGUUCGACAAGGGCCCCAACGGCGAGAUCCAGAUGCAGAACUUCAACGAGGGCUUGCCUCCACCUCCGCCUGUCACACACUCGUGGAAGCGCAUCGACCGCUGGGUCGAGGACCACUACGAGGAGCUGUUCGACAACAUUUGCGAGGGUGCAACCGGAAACGAUGUCAACGAGCUCGAGCACGAGCUUGAUGCUACCCUCCCCAUGGAUAUCCGCGAGUCGCUGCAAGUCCACGACGGUCAGGAGCGCGGUGGUCUUCCUACCGGUGUCUUGUUCGGCUUGAUGUUGCUUGACUGCGAAGAGAUUGUCAUGGAGUGGAAGAACUGGCGCAAGGUUGCCGAGGAGUACCUCACCUCCAAGCCCGACUACCGCUCUCCUCAGAUUCCCGUGAAGGCUUUCGCUGGCUCCUCCACAGCGGCCCCGAUUGCGCAGCCCCAGGCCUCCGGCAAUCCACUCUGGCGACAGGACCUGCAAAACCGCCAAGACUCGCAGCCACCGAACGCAGUCCAGAAGGCUUACGCCCACCCUGCUUGGAUUCCGCUUGCUCGUGACUGGGGAGGCAACUACCUCGCUACUGACCUGGCGCCUGGUCCUACUGGCACAUGGGGUCAGAUCAUCAUCUUCGGCCGAGACUACGACUGCAAGUUUGUUGUCGCGCGCUCAUGGGCUGCACUGCUCGCCAUGAUCGCCGACGACAUGGCUUCCAAAGACGUUCACAUCGAUGAGGAAACUGGCGAGCUCAAGCUCCUUGCAUUCAGGAAACAGAACGUCGAGCCUCCGUUCCUCGAGAUCCUGCGCUGGAGGUGCGAUCAGAAGUUCGGUCGCAGGCCUGUGAACAAGCGUCGGCCAAAUAGCGGCCUGCGCAUCAACCCUAACGCUCCAGGUGGUGUCGUACCUAGCUCGACUGCCAGCAGCCCGUACCACAGCCCGGUUAUUGGCCCUCAGGACCGUGGCCGCAGCCCUCAUCGUCUGUCCACGAAGCAAAAGGGUGUAAGCCCACGAGGCAAGCUCUCCAGCCCUCUCGCUCGGGUCGCCGAAGAGCACGCGCAACCAAUCCGCGUACACACCGAUCUCGAUGCGAAGACUGCCACUCCUGCGGACAAGUUGAUCUCAGUCGACACUCCCAGGCCCAGCGAGGACUCCCCCGCUCGCGCCAGCUUGAGCAGCGACAAGGAGAACAAGAAGGAGACCACCGAGGAGAAGGAGAAGACAAAGCCCGCCUCGCUGAAGAGCCCAAUUACGGAAACCGCAGACCUCAAGACAGUCGAGAUAUAG